AUGGGCAGUCGAAUAGUUAGAGUCGACGAAGAGAAUAAGAGAGUGAAGAGAAUAAGAGAAGGUGAUGAAGAAGAGAAGAAGAAGAAGAGAAGUGGUGAAGAACUUUUGGCUCAGGAGUUACUCUUUUGGCUCUUUUGGCUCUUUGGCUCUUUGGAGCUACCACUCUCUCUAUUACUCUAUUACUCUCAGGCACUCUCUCUCUCUACUCUCUUACUCUACUGUCUUCUCUACCACUACUACUCUACCACUGUCUACCACUACUCUUCCACUACAGUCUACUCUACAGUCAUGAUGAACCCGCCGGCGCCGUCAAGUCCUCGCUUCACGCUCGAGCUCGAGUUCGUCCUCUCGCUGGCCAACCCGCACUAUCUCUCGCACCUCGCCGUCGCCCACCCGCAGCUGCUCGGCAUCACCAGCUCCAGGGACAACGACUCUAAAAACGACUCUAAAAACAGAGACUCUACAAACAGAGACAGAGACAGCAAGGAAAAAGACGACAGCGAGGCCUUUGCCGCCUACCUGGCCUACCUCUACGACUACUGGCGGCGCCCCGAGUACGUCCAGUUCCUCUCGCAUCCGGGGGCGACGCUGCGGGCGCUGCGGCUGCUGCAGGAGGAGGCCUUCAGGGUCGCCGUCAUCCGGCCGCAGGUGAUAGACAUGCUCAUCGUUUCUGCAGGCGAGAAAAAGAACAACAUCACAACUCGCAAGACGGACGGCGGACGACGGACCACAGGGCUGGACAGAGGACAGAAGAGACAGAGAGACAGACAGAAGGAUACUCAGAGGAUACUCAGAGGAUACACAGAAGAGAAAAGAGAAGAGAAGAGAAGAGAAGAGAAGACAGAGAGAUCCAUGGGUCGUCCCUAG